AUGAUAAUUUUACUUGACGCCAAGGCAGACGUACAUAAAUGUAAUGACACUGUUAAGCUGUUACUUGACAACAAUUCAGAUAUAAAUAAGUGUAGAAAUGAUGAAGCAUCUCCCCUGUUUAUAGCUUGUCAUGAUAAUCUUGUAGAUAUAGUAAAACUGUUACUUUACAACAAAGCAGACAUUAAUAAGUGUUGGAAAUAUGAAACCUCUCCCCUGUUUGUUGCCUGUCAGAAGAAUCAUGUAGACAUAGUAAAGUUGUUACUUGAAAACAAGGCAGACAUCAAUAAGUGUGCAGAUGAUGGAAUAUCUCCCCUGUAUAUUGUUUGUCAGGAGAAUAAUAUAGUUAUUGUACAGCUGUUACUUGACAACAAGGCAGACAUUAAUAAGUGUACAGAUGAUGAAACAUCUCCCUUGUUCAUUGCUUGUCAGGAGGAUCAUAUAGAUAUAGUAAAGCUGUUACUUGACAACAAGGCAGACAUUGAUAAGUAUAAUGAUGAAGGAAUAUCUCCCUUAUAUAUUGCUUGCCAGGAGAAUCAUGAACUUAUUGUGCAGUUGUUACUUGACAACAAGGCGAACAUUAAUAAGUGUUCAGAUAAUCAAACAUCACCCCUGUUUACUGCUUGUCAGAACAAUCAUGUAAACAUAGUAAAGCUGUUACAGGAAAACAAUGCAGACAUAAAUCAGUGUAGGAAUAAUGGAAUAUCUCCCUUAUAUAUUGCUGGUCAGAUGAAUCAUGUAAACAUAGUGAAGCUGUUACUGGACAACAAGGCAAACAUUAAUAAGUGUAACGAUGAUGGAAUAUCUCCCCUAUAUAUUGCUUGUCAGGAGAAUCAUAAAGUUAUUGUAAAGCUGUUACUUGACAACAAGGCAGACAUUAAUAAGUGUACACACGAUGAUACAUCUCCCUUGUUCAUUGCUUGUCAGGAGAAUAAUGUAGAUAUAGUAAAGAUGUUACUUGACAAUAAGGCAGACAUUAAUGAGUGUAAAGAUGAUGGAAUAUCUCCCAUGCUUAUUUCUUGUAAGAGGAAUCAUUUAAAUAUAGUAAAGCUGUUACUUGACAAUAAGGUAGACCUUAAUAAGUGUGCGAACGAUGGAACAUCGUCCUUGUUCAUUGCUUGUCAGGAGAAUCAUGUAGAUAUAGUGAAGCUGUUACUUGACAAUAAGGCAGACAUCAAUAAGUGUAAAGAUGACGGAAUAUCUCCCAUGCUUAUUUCUUGUCAGAGGAAUCAUGUAGAAAUAGUAAAGCUGUUACUAGACAAAAAGGCAGACAUUAAUAUGUGUAAUUAUGAUGGGAUAUCUCCUCUAUUUAUUGCGUGUGACAGGAAUCAUGUAGAUAUAGUAAAGAUGUUGCUUGAAAAAAAGGCAGCCAUUAAUAGGUGUAAAUAUAAUGGAAUAUUUCCCCUCUUUAUUGCUUGUCACAGGAAUCAUGUAGAUAUAGUAAAGCUGUUGCUUAACAAAAAGGCAGCCAUUAAUAAAAGUACAAUCGAUGGUACAUCCCCCCUUUUUAAUAGUUGUCAGUAUAAUCAUGUAGAUAUGGUAAAGCUGUUACUUGAUAACAAUGCAGACAUUAACAAGUGUCGAUAUGAUGGCACAUCUCCUCUGUUUAUUGCUUGUCAGGAAGGGUAUCAAGAUAUAAUAAAUGUUUUGCUUGAUAAAAAUGCAGACAUUAAUAAGUGUACAAAUGAUAAAACAUCUCCUCUGUUUUUUGCUUGUCAGAAAAAUCACUUAGAUAUAGUUAAGCUGUUACUUGACAACAAUGUAGAUAUUAACAAGUGUAGAUAUGACGGCACCUCUCCUCUGUUUAUUGCUUGUGAGGAAGGGUAUCAAGAUAUAAUAAUGUUGUUACUAAACAGCAAGGCAGACAUUAAUAAGUGUACAGAUAGAGGCGCAUCUCCUCUGUAUGUAGCUUGUCAGAAGGAUCAUAUAGGAAUAGUAAAAAUGUUACUUGACCACAAGGCAGACGUAAACCGGUGUACACUUGAUAACACCUCUCCCCUGUAUGUUGCUUGUCAGAAUAAUCAUGUAGAUAUAGUAAAGCUGUUACUUGACAACAAAGUAGACAUUAACAAGUGUAGAUAUGACUGCACAUAUCCCCUAUAUACUGCUUGUCAGAAUAAUCAUGUAAUCGUAGUAAAUAUGUUACUUGACAGCAAGGCAUGCGUUAAUCAGUGCACAGAUGAUAAAAAAUUUGCCCUGUUUAUUGCUUGUCAGAAUAAUCUUUCAGAUAUAGUACAGCUGUUACUUGAUAACAAGGCAGACGUAAAUCAGUGUUCACUUGAUAACACCUCUCCCUUGUAUGUUGCUUGUCAGAAUAAUCAUGUAGAUAUAGUGAAGCUGUUACUUGACAACAAAGUAGACAUUAACAAGUGUAGAUAUGACUACAGCUCUCCCCUAUAUGUUGCUUGUCAGUAUAAUCAUGUAGAUAUAGUAAAGCUGUUACUUGACAACAAAGUAGACAUUAAAAAGUGUAGAUAUGACUGCAGCUCUCCCCUAUAUAUUGCUUGUCAGAAUAAUUAUGUAGAUAUAGUUAGGCUGUUACUUCACAACAGUGCAGUCAUCAAUCAGUGUAAUGCAGACGGAAUAUCUCCUCUGUAUAUUGCUUGUCUGAUGAACAAUAUAGAUAUAGUGAAGAUGUUACUUGACAACAAGGCCGACGUUAAUAAAUGUACAGAUGAUGGAACAUCACCCCUGUUUAUCGUCUGUCAGAAUAAUCAUAUAAAUAUAUUAACGCUAUUACUUGACAACAAGGCGAACAUUAAUAAGUGUAAAUAUGAUGAAAUAUCUCCCCUAUUUAUUGCAUGUCUUGAAAAUUGGGAACAUGUAGUAAAGUUGUUACUUGACAACAAGGCAGAUAUGAAUAAGUGUUUAGAUGAUGGAAAAUCUCCCUUGUUUAUUGCUUGUCAGACGAAUCAUGUAGAUAUAGUAAAGCUGUUAUUAGACAAUGAGGCAGACAUUAAUAAAUGUACAGAUGAUGGCACAUCUCCCAUGUGUAUUGCUAGUAAGAAUAAUCAUGUACCUAUAGUGAAAUUGUUACUCGACCACAAGGCAAAAAUCGAUAAGAGGACAGACGAUGAACCAUAUCCAUUGUUUGGUGCUUGUCGGGAGAAUCAAAUCGAUAAAGUAAAGCUGUUACUGGACAACAAGGAAGACAUAAAUAAGUGUAAAUAUGAUGGAAUAUCUCCCCUAUAUGUUGCUUGUCAAGAGAAUCAUAGAACAAUGGUACAGUUAUUACUUGACAACAAGGCAGACAUUGAUCAGUGUAAAUAUGAUGGAAUAUCUCCCCUGUUAAUGGCUUGUAAGAAAAAUCUUUUAGAUAUAGUAAAACUGUUACUGGAUAACAAUGCAGACAUUAAUAAGUGUAAAUAUAAUGGAAUAUCUCCAUUAUUUAUUGCUUGCAAGGAGAAUCAUGUAAAUAUAGUUAAACUUUUACUUGAUAACAAAGCAGACAUUAAUAAGUGUAAAUAUGAUGGAGUAUCUCCCCUGUUUAUUGCGUGUGAAAAUAAUCAUGAAGCUAUUGUACAGCUGUUACUUCACAACAAUGCAGACAUUAAUAAGUGCAGACAUUAA